UAAAUACCCAUAGUAGUCCCUGAAAUUCACGCAAUUACUCAUAGUAAUCCCUAAGAUUUCGAUUUCCCUAUUGUAGUCCUCCAGAUAGAGCUCCGAGCACUCAAACUAGUCCCUGGCCAUAUUUCAGGUGAUGACUCAUCACCGGAGCGCUGACGUGGCCUAGGAUUGCCACGUGGGACAUGUCCAAAACGACGUCGUUUUGGGUUUGGCGCCCUUGAAAGCCAAAAACGACGCCGUAUAGUUGUUACUUAAUAUGAAAAACAGUUUUCUCCACUAACACAAACACUUCAUCUCUUCUUCUUCCACCCUCUGAGUUCUUCUUCAUCUCCCCAACAAUGGCGUAGCCGUAGGGUUGUCUGUGAUGGGUUAACAAAAAUUUGAGAGAAGAAGCCAUCUGAUCAGAAGUUGUUGUUGCUCUUCCCUUCCCUUCCUUCACCACAAAGACGAGGUUCUGACGUUGUGAUCGGACUGAAGAUGGAGGAGAAGUUGGACAUCAUGUUUCAUCAUGGGGGUGAGUUCAAAAAAAGUGCAGAAGGAAUUAUGAUAUAUUCUCCAGACAAUAAGGCCUGUUUAGGUGAUCUAGACACUGAUACUCUGGAUGUGUUCUACAUACGGAACUACCAUAAGGAGCUUGGGUACAAUGACAUUAAACAGUGCUGGUGGCAUGUUCCUGGAAAAUGUUUGGAGAAGGGGUUGAGAAAUGUAAACAGUGACAAAGAGAUAAGAGAGAUGGUGAAUUGUGCUAGGACAAAUGAGGGAUUGAUUGAUAUAUAUUUCGAGCAUACAGUGUCAGUGCCGGAGGUGUUAGAGGGAGAUAACACAGUUGUGUACUUGGAUGAUCAUGGUGGAGAGGGAUGUAAUGCAGGUACAGAUACUGAUGUGAGUCCCCCGGUUACAGAGACUCAUGCAAUCAUAGUUGCUCCUCCUAUCCCUAAGGUUGUACCCAACACUUCUUGCAAAUCCAGUCCCAAAAAAAACAAAACAUCUCCACGGCAAUCACAACCAUCACACUCCAAAACUGCCAAUCCUUCCAAGACAACCAAACCUGUGAAGAAGACCAACUCCCCAAAAGUCACCAAGCCCACCAAGCCCACCAAGCUCACGAAGCCCACCCAGGUCACCAAGCCCACCAAAAUCAGCCAGCCCACGAAAUCCAAUCAGAACACCAAAUCAGAUACGAGCAAGAAGCAGAAACUGUCCAAGAGACCAAGUAUUUUCAGGAGACCCUGUACAUGGUCUGCUGCUAGAGGAUUUACUAGCAAAGUGUUUAACAAUGAAGUUCCGUUUGAUGUAUCUUCUGACUCUUCUGAUAGUGAAGAGGAUAGCAUGUUCAAGCCAGGUCCGGAUGAGGGUAGUUCCUCUGAUUCUGAGGCUACAGGGAAUGAUCCUAAAACUGGGAGUAGGAUUAGGAGAAACAUGACACAUGCUAUGGUGGGUAAGAGAAAUAUUAGUCCACUGGGUAAAGGGAAGGAGAAGAUAUUACAUGAAGACGAUGGUUUGGUGGAGGAGGUGAGUGACGCUGAGGUUGACCUUGGGUUUGUGGGUUGUGUUCAUGAAGGGGUAGAGGAUGGACUAGACCCAGGUGUUGACUCAGAUGGCACCAAUUCUUGGCACUCGGAGGAGAUGAAGACGCCUCCAAACUCAGAAGAUGAGCUGGAGGAAGGAAAUGAAUCUGAAGAGGCAAGUCCGCUGUUUAGGGAGGGUGCAAGAUUUGGAGAGCUGCAUCUUGAGGUAGGCAUGAAGUUCGGAACUAAAUGGGAAUUUAGAGAAGCUGUGAGAGAAUAUACAAUCCAAGAGGGAAGAAGCAUAAAGAUAGUGAAAAAUGAUAACAUUAGGUGCAGGGCGGUGUGUAAGGUGAAAGAGUGCCCAUGGGUGGCUUAUGCAUCAAGAGACCAUGAAGACACAUGUUGGCAAAUUAAGACAUUCAAUGAUGACCACACUUGCCCAAGAGAGGACAAGAAUAGGGCUGCCAACAGGAAUUGGGUAUGCAGCAAGCUUGUGAAGAAGGUAAGAAAGUAUCCAAAUUUUAGACACUACGAGGCUGCAACUUACUUCAAGACACGGUUUGACUUGACUCUGAAUAAAAACUCAAUAUCCAGGGCAUUAAUGGAUGCAAGAAGUGUAGUGUAUGGGGAUGAGAAAGAACAAUAUAGGAUGGUUAGGGAUUAUGGUAUGACGCUGUUGAAGACUAAUCCCAGUUCCACUGUACAAAUAUGCACCACCCCCCAACCAGAUGCGGAUAUGCAAAAGGUGUGA